CCGCAAGGGGUGUUAUAAAAAGAAAGGCAUUCCCAGGCAGGCAGCUCUCACUGUCAACAACAUCCUGUCCUGGAGGGAAGAUCACCCCAGCUGAGAGUGGGAAUCGGUUUGAGUCGGGGCAUCAUUUAAACGUCCUGCAAAGGCACAAACGCCAGAAGAGAAAAAUGAAGAUGGGACAUUUUGAAUUGGUCACCACGCUGCUGGCAGCCAUGGUUCUAAUGGACGUCUUCCAGGUGCAGGCGGAAGUGUUAGACAUGGCAGAGAAUGUGUUUGACGACGAAUAUUUGAAGUGCAAUAGCAGAAUGGAAAUGAAGUAUAUCCCUCGGAUGCACGGUGAGGAGUUGGCAAAUGACGAGCUCCUGCAGAGUGUGUGGGACAAGGCAGGGAUCCAGUGGGAGGCGCAGAAGGCUCAGCUCUCCCUCCCUAAGAACUUCAAGGAUGCCUAUGGAAUAGCUCUGACAGCUUACGUAACCGAGGCUCAGGACCAGAGUCCCUUUUACCACACAUUCAACCGUGCUGUGAAGAUAGCCGGCCUGUCCCGAAGACGCUACAUCUAUAACUUUCCGUUCAAAGCGUUUCAUUUUUACCUGGUAAGAGCCCUGCAGCUGCUGAGACGACCUUGUGAGGAGAGUUACAAAAACGUGGUGUACAGCACGAGCCCCAACAUUUCAUUCGCUUUCGGCGAGCAAAACCAAGCCAGGCUGGGCAACUUCACGUUGGCGUAUUCAGCCAAACCCCAGACAGCUAACGAGCAACGGCUGCUAACCAUCCAGACCUGCUUUGGAGUUGCCGUGGGAAAGCUUCUUAAUAAAGAAAGUGAGGGAAUUGUUCUAAUCCCUCUGAGUGAGGUUUUUCAGGUGUCAAGGAAAGGAACUGACGACGACCUCAUCCUUCACAGCAUAAACAGUACCUGCAGCUACUACGAGUGUUCAUUCCUCGGGGGAUUCAUGUUUGCACUGUAAUUUGCCGUCAGGCGUCGCUCAGCAUCCAAGACAGAAACAGGACUGACCAUCUGCCUACUUCCAGGGACGGCAAAAGCCCAGCCACAAGUCUUCACUGCACUUCCGGCUCCAGCCCUUUACUGGAAGUGUUCCUUGGUCACACACAGCUACUGGAAGGCUCAGAAAGGAGGAUGUCAGCUUUGCAGCAAGAGGGGGAAUUGAAAGUAGUUGCUAGGAUGCUGUGCACAUCUGUGAUCCCAGUGUGCAGGGAUAGGAUAAGGAUUGUGGGUUCAGGGCUAGCCUAGGAUACAUAAAGAGAUGGUGUCUCAAAAAGAAAAAAAGAAAAAGAAAGAAAAGAAAGAGAAGUAGACAGGGUUAGUAGGUCAGUAACUAGAAAGUGUCUGAUGACUUCCGUCUCUUCCCUAACAGCCUGCUCACUCCACCUUCUUCCCCAUGAGUGUUCUUGGUCUAGUAAAUCUCUGGGUUUUUGUUGUUUUGUUUUUUACCUCUGUAAUACUUCUUUUGCCACAGUAUUUAUGACUUCAUUUAAAAAUAUCCUUUAAAUAAUUCACCCCAGAUCUUUUAACAAAAGUAGAAAUCUCUCGGUACGUUCUUCUUUCCCACCCUGGAUACACCCAGAUUCCCAUCCUGCUGAGGGCUGAGCCCCUAGGCUCACCACAGGUCCCCCAGCCUCUCCACACCACCGAGCUAAGGUGUUGCUUCUCCCACACAAUCCUGUUUUGGGUUUGUGUGUCUUCCCCAGGUUACUCCCCUUUGUUUGGUGGGGUGAGGCCAAGUGUCAAGCAGUUUUCUGAGACAUGGUAUCUUGAGGCAAAUUUUUCAAGACUGAAUGUGUGGAGGACCUGCCUUUUAGGCUCUACAGGGUAUGUAGCUUGCCAUACACUUGCAUGGCUGUAGGGACUUGGGCCUUGCUAGGAGUUGAUGAGGGAAUGAAGACAAGACAGACAGACAGACAUGGAGAAACAGCUAGGGCCGAGUGUCUGAACACUCAAUAAAGAAACCUCAGAAGCUCGGCGUGCUUAUUACACAGGGUUGAACAGAGAGGCAGGGCUAUUAAUACUGAUAAACAAGGAGCCAGACUCCAUGUAUACGGCUGGACCAAGGACACAGGUUUAGCCGAUCUUGGUAGGAUCAUCUCUGAGGGAAGUACUUCAAGCUGUAAAUAUCUGAGGGGAGAAAGCUAUGGUGGGCGUCUUCUGUACUCACUGUUAGCUCUCACACUGUUAGCUUUGCCGUCCCUUUAAGCCUAAACAGUGGGCUCCUUGACAUGGGUGUGCAGAAACACUCUUAUUACUCAAACUUCGGAUGAGCCCUGGAGUGAGCUUUUUGAUGUUUUGGGUUUUGCCGUUAAUCCCCCCCCCCCCUUUUGGCUGCUGGAGAUGAAACCUAGGGCCUGGGACAUGCUAAGCAAGUCCUUUAUCCCUGAUUCCCAUAUGUCUCAGCCUGAGAACUGAUCAUUUUAUUCUGGAAGUCAUAGGUAGGACAUUUUCUUUAUGCAGCAUUCUGAAUGCUGUGGGUUUGCACCUUGCUGUAUGCGAUUAAAGGGCUGAUAAAAAUCCUUCCUCCCUCCUCCUAUGAAAAUGGCUGGAUCCCUCUGUAGCAUUUCUCUGUAAUGUGCAAGGGGCAUAAUGGCAGGACUGCUGUGGUAAACAGAGCCCUUGAUGGUGAGAUACCUGUGAGCAUGAGGAAUAGCAGCACCUAAGGUCCUGGACAGAAAGCCAUAGGCGGUGCUACACGUCCAGCAGCAGGACGGGAUGCUGGUACUGACCUGUCCUACAGAGGCUCAUUCAAGAGUUAUUGUCUUACAUGCUGUGAGGCCAUAGAGCAGGCCUGCACGACCUGCUGACUGCGAUGUGCGUUCUUGUCAUUACAGAGGGUGGGGUUACAGAAAAGACCCCUUGUCUGCUUCCCUGCUGUGUGCACCACCUUGCAUUUUCUGAAAACACACACACAGACACACAGAAACACACACACACACACAGACACACACACAUACACACACAGACACACACACAGAGACACACACAUGCACACACAGACACAC